CGUCGCUCGCUUCUUUUGGUCGAGCCCGUCGUGCUCACGGGUGCCUGAGUUUGCUCAAACCUUUUGGGUGCUGCUCGUUUCCUGCUUAGCUUCAGCGUUCGUUUUCAGUCAUUUCUCGAUACCUGUACCGUCCGCAUCCUACACGUUCGCGCUUGAGUUAGUGGGGUUGUCGUGUGUGUUUUUUUUUUUACGUUGUUGUCUCUCGCUGCCUUCAUGUGCGCCUCGGUUUCGCUUCAGCACGCGGGUACGCUUUACGCUUUGCUGUGGACGGUGUUCGGUUGUCUGUUCUAGCUCGGUGCGGUGCGUGCAUUUCGGUGUGAUGAUGUACGGUGACGGUUCGAUCGUACAAUGAUCGAAUAAAAAGAAUUCGAAAACAAAAAAAAGGUUCGUUGCUUGCUAUUCGGUGCAAAACAGCAAGCAGAAUAUGAAUUGUUUCGUGUGAAGUGAGAAAAAUUAUGUGAGUGAUAGUGAACGAAAAAAAAAACCUAAAGCGAAAAAAGCCAAUCCCCAUAAGCUAAUUAGACGCAAUAUAAAAGGGCAAUAAAACAAUUUGCAAUUCGUUGCACUCGUCGGCGGUGCCAUCUAGUGCAAUUCGCCCGAACUAUAAUGUUGAUUGGAUCUGCGAUCGGUAGUGAGUUCGCCCAAUUACCGAGUGCCCCGUGGAGCAUGGAACCUCCGAGGGCUCCACUGCCCGGUCAAGGAUCGCUUCCACCUCCCCCGCCCACGCUCCAGCUCUCGCCGACCGUUGGCCUCUCACCAAACCUCCCUUCGCCCGGCUCGGUACAGCCCACGACGAACUUGUUCGGUGCCGCGGCGGCUGCCGCCGCUGCUGGCGCGGCCGGAACCGCCAACGCACACGCCCUGGCCGGUCUGGUGUCGCAACACCGGCUGCUCGAGCUGUCCCGCUUCGGUCUGCGUGGCUACGAUCUGGCACAGCAUAUGCUCACCCAGCAGGGGGCCGUCUCGAAGCUGUUGGGCACUCUAAGGCCACCGGGUCUGAUCGGAGGCUCCAAGCCGAAGGUAGCUACACCGGCCGUCGUUUCCAAGAUCGAACAGUACAAGCGGGAAAAUCCGACCAUCUUCGCGUGGGAAAUCCGGGAGCGCCUCAUCUCGGAAGGUGUUUGUACGAAUGCGACCGCACCGUCGGUGUCCUCCAUCAACAGAAUCCUGCGUAAUCGGGCAGCGGAACGAGCGGCGGCCGAGUUCGCGCGAGCGGCUGGCUAUGGUCUCUAUCCACCUCCACCGUACGGUGGCUUUCCGUGGCCAACUCCUACCCAUCUGUGGUCACCGGGACAGGGACUACCUAAUAUGUCUCAACCUGGAGGAAGUACAACGCCCGGCACGAUUGGAUCGCCUGGUUCUGGAUCACACGAGACCUUGGGUUCGCCUGACGGAAAUCGAUUAAUCGACAUUGAAGGCGAAGACUCCAACAGCCUGGACGGCGAUCAACCAAAGUUUAGACGUAACCGUACCACCUUCAGCCCGGAGCAGCUCGAGGAGCUCGAGAAGGAGUUCGACAAGUCGCACUAUCCCUGCGUCAGCACCCGCGAACGGCUCGCGUCCCGUACCUCCCUCAGUGAAGCCCGCGUCCAGGUUUGGUUUUCCAACAGACGGGCGAAAUGGCGACGUCAUCAAAGAAUGAAUCUUUUAAAAAGGUCCACCUCGCCGAACACCCGGGCGGCGGCUGCGGCGGCGGGAACGGCAAGUUCCGCUUUCACCCCUGGCUCCCCGCAGCCGCCGCCGCUGCAGCAGCCGCAGCAGCAGCAGCCGCCACCACCGGCCACCGGAUCACAGCCGUCGGCCCCGGUCCCUCCUUCCCAGCACCCUUCCUCCGGUUCGCCGGGAGCGGGCCCACCCCUGCCCGGUCACCACCAUCUUCCCCACCAUCUACCGCACCAUCCGCACCACCAUCUCACCCACCACCAUGCGCUUCAUCCGCACCACUUUCACCAGCAGCAGCAGCAGCAGCCGCCACCGCCACCACCACCGCCGGGCUCCUCCUCACAGUUGCCACCCCAUCAUCAUCACCACCACCACCACCACCACACGCACCACGCGGCCCAUCUGCAUCCCAACCCAUCCACCUCGCCGGCAGCCCAGGCGGCCCAGGCAGCGGCCGCCCUGGGAGCCCAAGCGGCAGCAGCAGUAGCGGCGGCCCAAGCAGCACAAUCAUUAGUCACAGCAUCAACUCCAUUAUUAAUGGGCGGUGAGCACAGUGCGUUCCGGUCGCUAGUGCCAACGUCGGCGGCGGCCCUUUUCGCGGGCCUAUCGCGCUCGUACGCCGCCACCACCGGCAGCUCCAACCUCGACUCGGCCAGCCCGGCACCGAGCGACGAUUCGGACGAGGAAAUCAACGUGCACGAUGACGAUUCGAACGAUGAAGCGCUCGAUACGGGUCGCCCAACGAACGGCGGUGGUUCGCGUCAUCGUCGCCGUCGUCGCUCCAGUUCUGUCACCGCCUUUACUGACUCCUCCUCGGGACCGUCCGGUCCGCUGCAGCUAACCAAACACGAACGCACACCGCAACAGCCGUGAAGCCUUACAGCAGUAAACAACGAAUUACUGGUGAACAAGAAUGGGAAUGGUGGGGUAGGGGGAGAAAAAAAGGCAGCCAUGUUUACCCUCAGGCCGCCAUUUCACGUACUCUGGAAGGACGAACAGACAGACAAACAGGCAUGGGGUGUCGAUUACCCGCGGCAUGGAAAAUGGCGUAAUGCAGGGUGUCGAGGGCGUUCGUCGGUUUUCGGGAAGCCCUUUCGCCGAGAGAACGCGAACCAAUGCAACACGUGUUCAAUAAACUCAGCCCCGCAUUCUCAGGCAAGGGCGCCCCAACUCCCAGCCAACUCUCACCCCUCUCAGGCAAGGGUCAGCAACCAGCAAUGGCGCUGGAGCGUGUGCAAAUUAAUCAAUGUCCACUGGCAACAAGCCAUGUAACCCCCGCCCCAUAUCAAGACGAAUGACCGUGCGACAGAAAAGUAAUACGAUAAUCAAUUUCCCUCCCUCGCUUCCUCUCUCCCCCCCCCCCCCCCUCCUGUUCCCGAUCCCUGUCCACUCCUCUUCAAGGUGAAUCAGUGCAGGCCUAAGGGGUAGAUUAUUCGCAUUUGACCCACUCUCCUGUUCCAUUAUUCAAUUACAUAUAUUGAGGCUUCUUAUAUAAGCAAGCGGUGCGAUCGUUCCCGGUGACAAAGAGAGUAGGAAUAUUUGUGAGAAAAGUUUCGCAACUUUACUGUGUAAAAUAUGUUAGAUAAAGAAAACAUUUUCUUGCCCUGUAAACUAGCUAUUGUAGCUGUUUGCUUCUCGAUACACUCAACACCCUUUCGAUAUUUGUUCGUUAAUGUUAAACUCACGAAAACAAAAAAUAGAUAGCGAAAAGAAGGUAAAUUAGUAAAUUGUAUUUCACCGGAAACUGUUACUCACUAAAUCAAAGUACGUGUAGGCAAAGCUAAGUAGGUAAGCAAAGAGAGGAUUAGCUGAAUGGCAAAAGUCCACCUAGACAAAAUACCUGUUAUUUGAUUAGGCGUGCAUGUGAACGUGAUUUUUGCUAGAUUUGUAGUGCAGUGUAUGAGUGCGGUAUACAUUAAGAAUAUGCAGUUGCAAUUACUACUACUACUACUACUACUAUUACAAAAUACGUAGCUACUACACACUAUUUAGGGAGUAGAAAUUUAGAAUCAAUCUUUUCCCCCCGCUUGCACCUUCUCGUUGUGUAAGUAUUUUCCGCAAUUUCCAAUGCUUAACAUUAGGCAAAUCGUGGAUGGGUAGAAGGUACCGUUUGGAGGUUCCGUGAAUGGACCGAACCGGGCAAUGUAUUGAUUUUUUAAGGCACGUGCUAAUUUAUGACUAGUUUUUAAGGCUGGAAAAACAAUGCUAGAAAAUGGUUCCCAAGGAUGGCAAUUUAUUUUGAAAUUCAAAUAUAUUGAAAAUAAUAACA